AUGCUAAUCGAGUUUGGCCAGGAAACUUCGGAAUCGCCUAUCCCAAAAAGCCUUCCGCGAAAGAUAUAUGUGACGGAACUCGAAAAACGGCUUCAGAUCGCCGAAAAGCCAGAUACAUCCCGAAUGGUGGCGCUUGAGGAAGAAAAUCGCGUUUUGCGCGAUCAGCUGCUGGAGUGUCGCAAGAAGCUUCGGAGCACCCAGGCGACUUUAGAGGGUGCAUCCGCCGACAUCACAGGCGUACUUUACGAGAAGCCAUCACCUACAGCAGAUUGCUUAAGGCUAGGCUCAGACGUCGACAAGUCGGAGCUUGAUGUGCCAAGAGAUGGAGAAGCGGAUAAAUGUAUCGAGGAUUCUGUCUACUCUCGUAGACUGGACUUCGGUUGCGAUGUCCAACAGGUCGAUAGCUCACUUAUAUCACCGACAACAGACAUAACGUUGCCGCAAACUGACAACCGUAUAUCGGACCUUGGACCGGUAGAGAUCAUCCGCCGCAAUGAGGACCCGACUACCCUUCCGGAUAUUUCUUCCACACUGUUCCCAGACCUGCUUCAUGAUCUCACAUCUUCCGGGAAUGGGUUUGGCUGCUUUCAGCAAACAGACUCGGGGAAAGAGGUCUGUUUGGUAAACCGAUCAUCCGCAAAUACCGAAUUCCAUCUCAACAGCUACGAAGCAAUACUCUCCGGAGCCAACUCAUCAUACUCUGCUUACAUUAUCGCGUUCGAAUCCUGUAUCAAGAGAAAAUGGAAUGAAAUGAAAUAUCAGCUGUACGAUGACAUGGAUAGCCUUCGCUCCUCUGUAGACCUCAUGUUGUCAGCAUUGGUAUGCUCGAUGUGGCCGCUAAUAAUGAGCUUCUAUACCUAUACGGGUGCUCACAUCCGACUUGGAGAGCUGACUUUGCGGCGGAUCAACGCAAGCCUAGAGACGUCCGCCGAUCUCGACCUAUCUUACCGACCGAGUCUCCUUCAACAGUCGAGCUUACACGCUGCGAUCAUCGACUGCAUAACGUUUCCAUCUCUAAGAGAUCGGAUUCUAAUUGCGUAUACGGACGAGCACCUGGACCGCUUAGUCUGCGCCAUUGGUGACUCCUACGUUAUCCAAGUCGAUCUAUCGAAACUAGUCGAGGCUUCAUUCCAAAGCUGGGAUAUACAGGGCUAUGGGAUCUUCAGACUGCCGCAGCUUCGCAAAGUGCAUCGAGAGAGGAUAGCCCUUUCCCUUCGACGCUGA